GAUUAUGUAAAACGCCCUAACGCUGUCACAUCAAGGUGACCUUCAAGUAAAACCAGUUUGACGUUUGCUAACCUAUAAAAACUAAUUUCAUUUGGAUAUUCUACCCGCGAAGUCAUGUAUCCCACACCUGAAUUUACGUAAAUAAAUUCCGUAAUACCUCUUACAGUGCCAACUCGCUUCCCACCACGUUUUACUUAGUGUUUUAAGUGAUAAAGCUGUAAAGAUAACACUUUUCGUUGUUGCUGAUAACUUGCGUGUUUCUAAUAGAGCACAAUGUCGCGCGACAGGACUUCUCGCCGCUUCUACCGUGCGGAGUCUACGCACGAUCUGCUCGCCUACUUAGAUAAGGGGCAGGCGGCCAGCGACGAGAACCGAUGGACUUUUGAGACGGCGUGGGAGGCCGCUAACAAAGUUGGUGGCAUUUACACCGUGAUCCGGUCGAAGGCUUAUGUGUCUGUUGAGGAGAUGGGAGAGAACUACUGUUUGCUAGGUCCAUACAAGGAGCACUGCGCCCGCCAGGAGGUUGAGGAGCUGGAGUUCCCCCCCAACUCCCCCCUCGCGGUUGCCGUAAACGCCAUGAGGAGCCAGGGCUACAAGCUCCACACGGGAACCUGGCUGGUGGACGGCAACCCACAAAUAAUUCUCUUCGACAUCGGCUCGGGCGCCUGGCAGCUGGACGGCUACAAGCAGGAGCUGUGGGACACUACCUCUGUGGGCAUCCCGCACCUGGACAUCGAGGCCAACGACGCCGUCAUACUGGGGUUCAUGGUCGCGCAGUUCAUCACUGAGUUCAGGAAGGCCGCCGAAGGCUACAGCGACACCCCGCCUAGAGUUGUGGCUCACUUCCACGAGUGGCAGGCCGCUGUGGGACUCAUUGUACUUAGAGUACGUCACGUAGAUGUGGCCACGGUGUUCACGACACAUGCUACUCUCUUGGGCCGGUACUUGUGCGCUGGUAACACCGACUUCUACAACAAUUUGGACAAGUUCUCAGUGGACGAGGAAGCGGGAAAGAGACAGAUUUACCAUCGCUAUUGCAUGGAGAGAGCGGCGGCACACAUGACGCAUAUAUUCACCACAGUGUCAGACAUUACAGGUUACGAAGCCGAACAUCUCCUUAAACGGAAGGCCGACAUUAUCACACCAAAUGGUUUGAACGUGAAGAAAUUCUCAGCACUUCACGAGUUCCAAAACCUCCACGCGUUAGCCAAGGAAAAGUUACACGAGUUUGUCAGGGGACAUUUCUAUGGCCAUUUCAACUUCGACUUGGACAAGACGUUGUAUUUCUUCAUCGCCGGCCGCUACGAGUUCGGCAACAAGGGAGCUGACGUCUUCAUAGAGGCUCUAGCUAGACUGAACCAUUAUUUGAAGGCUGCAGGGUCAGACAUGACUAUCGUAGCUUUCCUAAUCUUUCCCGCCAAAACCAACAACUUCAACGUUGAGAGCUUGCGCGGUCAUGCGGUCACGAAGGCACUGAGGGACACCAUUAGUGAUAUACAACAGAAGGUCGGCAAACGGAUGUACGACAUCUGUCUGAGGGGCCAUCUACCCGAGCCGUCCGACCUAAUGCAUAAAGAUGAAACGGUGCGACUAAAAAGGUGUUUAUACGCGUUACAGCGUGACGGUCUACCUCCUGUUACUACUCAUAAUGUGGUUGAUGAUUGGAGCGACCCGGUACUGAACGCCGUGAGACGAUGCCAAAUGUUCAACACUGUCCACGAUAAUGUUAAAGUAAUCUUCCACCCAGAGUUCCUGACCUCAACCAACCCUCUCUUCGGGCUGGACUACGAGGAGUUCGUGCGGGGCUGCCACCUCGGCGUGUUCCCCUCCUACUACGAGCCGUGGGGGUACACGCCCGCCGAGUGCACCGUCAUGGGCAUACCCAGCAUCACCACUAACCUGUCGGGUUUCGGCUGCUUUAUGCAAGAACAAAUCGCCGACCCGAUGUCGUACGGCAUCUACAUCGUUGACAGACGGUACAUCUCGUUGGAGGGAUCCAUUCAACAACUGGCUCAGUACAUGUUUGACUUUACCAGGAUGUCGAGACGGCAGCGCAUUAUUCAAAGAAAUCGCACUGAGCGGUUGUCCGACCUUAUGGAUUGGAGAAAUCUGGGGAUUUACUACCGCCGAGCGCGGGCGAAGGCCCUGCAGACCGUGUACCCGGACUACGUGGACCAGAUGUACGUGGAGCUGGGGAAGAAGUUCAACUACCCGCGGCCCAUCUCCGAGCCGCCCAGCCCUACGCACUCCAGAGUAACAACCCCCGCGGCAUCCUUACACGGCUCAGAUGACGAAGACGAGGUUGAUGAAGAGAAGGAAUUGGCCGAAUUGAGGAUCAGUGACAAAUAAAAAAAUAAACUUGCUGUCUCUUCUAAUGUGCACCUUAUUGCCUAAGAUAUAGAGUGUAAUUUAGAAGGAACUGUAAUGUAAUAUUUGCACUUUUGCAAACUAUUACAUAAUUAUAGCGACAUCUAUCGAUCAAUGCCUAGUAUUGCCAUUUUCAACCAAAAGGUACCACAUUGUCGCUUGUCAAUAAGGUUGAUUUCAAAUUGAAGCUAUAUGGAAAUAGCGCCUUAUUGACAACCGACAAUAAGUACCCUUUUGAUUGAGAAUGGCACUGGUCUAAGAUCCCACGUAAGGCCGACCUUCACCGAUCUGACUACCAGAUGAAACUAAAUUUUUUCAAAAAAUUAUUAAAAAUAAUCUUGACUAUAUUUUUAUAUGCAACCCUUUAUAGGAACAUAUUCUUCAUAAAAUAUAUUUAAGCGGUGGUGGCUGACUUUCAAUCCGAAAGUCGCGGGUUCAAACCUGGCUUGUACCAAUGAGUCUCAGAACUUAUGUACGAAAUAUCAUUUGAUAUUUACCACUAACUUUUCGGGGAAGGAAAACGUCGUGAAACCUGCAUACAUCUGCGAAGUAAUUCAAAGGUGUAUGUGAAGUCCCCAAUCCGCAUUGUGCUAGCGUGGGGACUAUAGCCCAAGCCCUCUCGCGCAUGAGAGGGCCUGUGCCCAGUAGUGGGAUUAAAAUAACCUCGUAAGGCCCGAUGUGCAUUACAAUGUACACUCUGUUUCAAUCUAAUUUGAACCUUACACUAACUGAAUUAAGUAGCAUUUCUUUUGUUUCAAUGUUUUCUAAAACAAACGAAAGUCACCCUAAUCUUCUAUACAACAAGGUUCAAAUUAAAAAUAGGGAAACUUUGUAUGGUGGGCCUUACGAGGAUAGGCAGAAUUAUUUAUUUUAUAAAAUAUAUUUAAGUUUCAUCCGGUAGGCAGAUCCGGGAUCAUCUACUACAUAUCCAAAGGUAAAAUUUACCAAUCCGUAAAGUGACGUUUUCACCUCAGCAGCUCGAACAAGCCUACUUUCGUCACUCCCUGGAGUAAGGAAAGUGCGACUUUCCUCACUCCAGGGAGUGAAACAAAGUAGCUUUUUAAUUUAGUGAAGACCAUGAACUGCCACUUCAUACUUUGAUUACAAUUUUUUUUCUGAAUUAUUCUGUGUAAUUCGAAAUACGUUUUAACCUUUAAUAUGUUCUCACUACUGAGGUGAAAAAUUAUGUGUGCAACACGAGAGCAAAGUUAUUUUACAUCUCGUGUUUUUGAGUCCCUCGCUACGCUCAAGAUCUUUCGCUUUCUCGGGACUCAAAAUAAACACUCGCAAGAAAAACCAACUUUCCUCUCUUGUUGCACAAAUAACUAUUGGUAGCGUUUUAUGGGUUAUUCCCACUAGUUACCCUGUGAUUUUUUUCUCACCUGUCCCGCUUGGUAACAGCUGAGAAAAAAAUUCCCAGUAGUUACCACCAACUCACUUUGGUAUUUGGAUUUUGUAGUAAACAAGUUAGUUAUCGAAUUUAUACUUUUCUUUUAUGACUAGUGCAAUUGCAAAAUAUCACAUAUAAAAAGACACUGUGUUGUUAAUAUUGCGUCGACCGUCCAGUGGCGCCAUUGGGCGAUUUGUGUUUUCUAAUAAACCAAUCGAAUCGAAUGUAUAAAUCAGUAUUACAUGUGACGUACUUAUUGUCGCUUGUCAGUAAGGCGCUAUUUCCAUAUAGCUUCAAUUAGAAAUCAAUCUUAUCAACAACCGACAAUGUGGUACCUUUUGACCUGGUUGAAAACAUCUCAUAUUACAAUUAUAUCACAUUUGCAAACGGGUCUAUCGCGAAUUUAUUUUGUUGCCUUUAUUUACCGACGUUUCGACACAGGUUUCACUUGUCGUGGUCGCGGCUAAAAACGUCGGAUAAAACGAAACGUCGGGAAACGUCGUUACCGACGUCGACGACGUCGUUAGGUCGUUAUCGCGAAUUUAUUUUGUUACCUUUAUUUACCGACGUUUCGACAGGUUUCACUGGUCGUGGUCGCGGCUAACAACGUCGGAAAAAACGAAACGUCGGGAAACGUCGUUACCGACGUCGACGACGUCGUUAGGUCGUUAUCGCGAAUUUAUUUUGUUACCUUUAUUUACAUAAAAGUAACAAAAUAAUUUCGCGAUUGUAAAUGUGAUUUAAUAUGUGUUCAUAACGCUAAAGUUUUAAAUGUUAUACACGGUGGCUAAAAAAUAAGUGCAUUCCCGUUGCCAGGGAGGUUUUGGAAUUAUACUGAGCAACUUUUACUAUGGGACCAACCACGAAACCGCGAAAAUAAAAUUGGCUGUUUCAUACAUUUUGGCUGGUCCAUUUUCUAUGCGAGGGUAAAUUUUUUUCGCGAUUUCGUGAUUGGUCCCAUAGUAAAAGUUGCUCAGUAUAAUCCCAAAACCUCCCUGGCAACGGGAAUGAACUUAUUUUUUAGCCAUCCUGUACUGUUGUCCUACUGAUUUCCCAACUUUUGGUCCUUUUCACAUAGUUUUAUUUUGCUUGUGUUUCGCUUUAUCACUUAAACGGAAAAAUGUGCCCACCAUUUGCCGUUUAGUUGUUUGCUUGUUUACUGAUUUAUACAUAAAUUAAUUGGUUUAGAAAACACGAUUGCCCAACGAGGGCGCCACUGGUCGACGCAGUCUUAAGGAAAUAUAAUAUAUUUUUCUAUUGUUAUUUUUGUUAAAAAAUAUAUACUUGCCUUUUUAUGUACAUCUUAUUACUUAUAGUGUAUGAAUUUUAUAAGUUUUGAAGGUCUUAACUGAUUUUAAUUAUCAAUUUAUUAUCCUAUGAUAGCUAGAAGAGAUCCUUAUUAAGAAUAAGUUUAUAUAGAUUACCUAUAUUUUGAAAUUAUGACAGGUAUACUUAGCCUAAUACAAAAGCAAUAUUAAAAAAUCAAUAGUUUUUCGAAAUUCUCUAUUAAAAAAUGUUAUUUUUUUUCGGUAAAUAGGGUUUUAUUUUUAUGGAUUUUAGAAUUGUUAUUGCCUUUUAUGAAAUUUUAGAUAGAUAAUUAUAUAUUUCUUAUAUUUUAGAAUGUUCCAUCCGAAAUAGGAUGAAAAGGCUUCUAGUAUUUUAAAUAUCUUUUAUAUAGUAACAAUCUACAUGGGAAUAACGAUAUAAAUGUUACAUUUCUAAACAAAUUAAUGUGCCAACAAAUUUCUACAAACAUUUUACUUGACAGCUACUCCAUAUAUGAACUGUCAUAGUAGGGGCCACCACGAACGAGGUAUAAUCUUUUAUUCUGUGUUGAUUGCUACAUAUGUGACGUUUUUAAUCAAAAGGUACCAAAUUGUCGCUUACCAUAAACCUGUCAGAGCGUGCUUAUGGCAAGCGACAAUGUGGUAUCUUUUGAUUGAAAACGACACAUAUAAUAAGGAAAGACAUUGGCUAAGAUUUAAACUCCUUGAUCGUUGUUAGCGAUGUCUGAUUAAAAUAGUCUUUAACUGCCAUCUUAAUUUUAAGAGUUAAUCGAAAUAAUUGUUAAAAUGUAAUAUACAGGGUGGGUUACCCAGACUAAUCAAUGAAAAUAAUCUGAAGUAAAUAAGUGUAAAUUUUUGUUGAUUUCCUUUGUCUUGUAAUUGUGAAUUUAUAAGGUAUAUAUACUUCAAACUUUAACAUUUAUUCAGCAAAUAGGUACACGUCCACAUGGAAUUUACAUAUGUAUGAGCAAAAAAAUAACACAUUUAUAUCUGGGUAAUAUCGGAUAUUGGAUAAUCUCGAAAAUCAUUUAAUAAUCACUCAUAUUCCGUUGUAAUAAGAGUCCCUGUUCGGAAUUAUCAGCCACAAUUUUAGUAUUUUUUCGUUUUGGAAUUAACAAAAUACACAUAGAUGAUGUAAUAAUAUAUACAUAUAUUAUAUUUAAUGAAAUAAAAAUAAGAAUAAGAAUUGUUUAUUGCCACAUUAUCAAGUACAAAAGAAAAUGAAAUAAAAGUACAAAAGAAUAAUAAAAUAAAAUUACAUAAAACAUUCAUUCUAGAUAAAAUAAGACAUUCUAGAGGUUCUGUAGCCACUCAGCGGCGGAGUACCAAGUUAAAAUUUAACUUACCGUUUUCUUCAGAAGUUCUAGCAAAAAGUACUUAAGAGUUAGACCAAAACAACUCUGCAACAAUUUUGACAGCACAACUGUGCAAGUGCUAUUUAUACGCCAUAAUUUUUAUAUAGAAUAGAAUAGAAUAAUAUUUAUUCAGGCAACACAUCAUUAUUACAUUACAAAGAUACAUUAACAACAACAAGAAAGAAAAAAAAACAAAGGUGAAAAAUACAAAACUAACAGAUAAGGAUGUGAGGCUGAAAUGGUCUCUACUCAGCAAUGCAGUUAUGCAGUAUAUGCAGUAUAUAAGAAUGACGUUUAAAAUAACACUUGCACAGUCUUUCAAAAUCGCUGCACUUAUCUUGGUCUAACUCUAUAUCCUCAAGAGUGAUCGAAAAUUGACCCAUUUGGAUCUCCCACCCUGUAUUCAAAUAUAUCUCUAUAUGGUAUCGAUUUGGAAAUAUGUUGUUGACGUAAUUCCUAGUAAUUUCGUUUAAAUAUCUUAAUAGUUUUCCUCAUUUCAAGUGGAGUUUUCCAUAUAAAUAAAAAUGUAGGUCAGAGCAUUGAACUUGAAUGAUUAAGUAAUUAGUUAAUUGAUUUGGUAAUUAAAGUGCCAUAUGAUCCAGUGGUUUCAAUAAAAUAUGUUUUUAAUUUUA